GCAGCAGGAGGCUUGUUUGGGUGGAUCCUGUGUUUUCCAGAUCUAGAAGCGUUUGUUUUCCUACACAUGCUAAGCGUCAUAUUCCUCUCUGAAACACUACGCUCCAAUAUUGCAAUGCCUCUGUUUUGCUUAGAUCUAGGGUAUCAGAGUGGUAAUCAUUGGAGGCUGAUUGGUUUUUUCGGUCGUAAGCCAAAGGAAAAGGAUGAGGUUGGUGAAGUCGCUGCAGGGGAGAUUGCCUUUUCAGUCUCAAAAGGGGCUCUAGUUCCCUUAUUGAAAUUUGGCAACAAGGGUUUGCAAAGGAUUGCAAUAGUUAGGGCAUGGUUGGGAGCCCAUGGCGACAAGGGAGGUGCCUGGGUUUGUAUGGAGGUGCAUAGCCCUCCUAUUGAUUGAAACUGUUUUUAGGGACGACAUAUAGUGGGUUGGGGACUGCUAAUGUCGAAUUUUCCCUGCUCUCCCCAUGAAGCUGGCUAAAUAAGUGAGGACGUCCAGUAGUUUCAGACGCUCAUAGCGACUUUCUUUUUCUACUUUUGUAGCCCUAUUUUUGCCCUUACAGUGAUUGUAGUUACAAUCUUUAGUCAUAGAUGGCUCUUUUCGCUUAAUUGUCCAUAUAUGUCAUGGGCACAGUUUAAAUUUAUUACUAAUGCUGUAGGUUACGCUUCUAUGCUUAAUUCGGCUAUUAUGCCCUGAGAUUCAUCUGUAAUCUCCUUAUAUUUAAUAUAAUUCUCUUUUUUCU